AUGGUUAAUACACCUAUUGCUUCAUCAACUACAACAUUUAAUCCUUACUCAUUUGCUACAACAGGAUUUGGUGCUACAAUGGGAUAUCCAUCUACAAAUAUGUUUGGAUAUCUUCCAACAACAAAUGUUGUAACAAAUAAUACAACAAUACCAGGUAUUGAUUAUGUACGUAAAUCAAGAAGAGAACGAACAACUUAUGAUCGUCGUCAAUUAGAUUUAUUAGAACGCCUUUUUGCAACAACACAUUAUCCAGAUGUAUAUAGUAGAGAAAAUCUUGCAAGAGAAUUAGGUUUACCAGAAGGAAGAAUUCAAGUAUGGUUUAAAAAUAGAAGAGCUAAACAUAGGCAACAAGUUAGACAAGCUGAUGCAGUUAAACAGGCAUCUGCUAAUGCAUUACUUGAAAGAGGUAUAACACAAUCCUCCAAUAGUUCAUCACCAAAUUCUAAAAAUAAUAUAACAAAAUCAGAAAAUUCUAGCACAUCAUCUUCUGCCUCACCACCUCCUGGAAUUAAAUGUAACAAAAAUGAAAUAUCUCCAGAUACAACAAUUGAUAUAUCAAAUGAUAAUAAUAUUAAGGCUGUUGCAGCUGCAUUACUUCCAUUAAAUUCAGAAUUUAAAAGAAAAACAGAAUGUUUGACUAAUAAUAAUUUAAAAAAUAAUUCAUCACCAUCAGGAGAUUCUGGUAUAUCUACAUCACCAUUAGUUUCAACAUCAACAUUACCAACAUGGCCACCAUCAUUUGAAUCUGUUGCUUCAACAGUAACCUCAACAACAGCACAAAAUUGGAUAAAUACAUAUCCAUUUAAUUCAACUGGAGCAUCAACAGGAUAUCCAGGAUAUUCUGGAACACCAGGAUUUAAUUACUAUACCAAUCCAACAUCAUAUAUUUCUGCUGCAACUGGUACUUCACCAUUUGAACAGGUUGUAGCAAAUGGUUAUUAUAAUCCAACACAAACACCAUAUGGACAAAUUGCUUAG